GGGAGUGCCCGGCCCAAUGAUCCCGCGUCACUCUGGCGCGGCUCUGCUCUCUUCUCCGUGCUGGGCGGGGGAUUGUGUCGCCCUCAAUCUCUCCCGCUCGUGUUGAAUCGCUCGUGCAGCCAGAGCCGUGUUGAUGGUUGAGUGAGGUUGUUUUUCUCUCAUUCUCUUCUACUACUUAAUCUCGUUAUCGCGACAACAAUACACCGUGUGUGUGUGUUGCUACGUUUGAGGCCAAACGAUGUUGCAGCAGCGGAGGCAGCAGCAGCUGCUGCUUUGAAGCAGGCGAGGCACGUCGAGGUUGAACAAGCAAAGGUUGCGCCCACAGGGUGCCCGCGGCCAUGCCCGGGAAGUUGAAGGUUAAGAUUUUGGCGGGGCGCCAUCUGCCCGUCAUGGACCGCGCCAGCGACCUAACAGAUGCCUUUGUGGAGGUCAAAUUUAGCAACAUCACUUUUAAGACGGACGUAUACCCCAAGUCCCUGAACCCGCAGUGGAACUCUGAGUGGUUCAAGUUUGAGGUGGACGAUGAGGAGCUGCAGGACGAGCCUCUGCAAAUAACAGUACUCGACCACGACACGUACAGCGCCAACGAUGCCAUCGGAAAGGUUUACAUCGACAUCGACCCCCUCCUGUCCACCGAGGCCGCCUCCCUCAUCUCGGGAUGGUUCCCCAUCUACGACACCAUACACGGAAUCCGUGGCGAAAUCAAUGUCACCAUCAAGGUGGAUCUUUUUAACGACAUAAAUCGCUUCCGCCAGUCUUCGUGCGGAGUCAAGUUUUUCAGCUCAACGUGCAUACCACGGUGCUACCGUGCGCUGGCCGUGCACGGCUUUGUGGAGGAGCUGGUGGUGAACGAGGACCCUGAGUACCAGUGGAUCGAUCGCAUCCGAACCCCCCGCGCCUCCAACGAGGCUCGCCAGCGCCUCAUCUCGCAAAUGUCCGGUGAGCUUCAGCGUAAGAUUGGCUUGAAGGUGCUGGAGAUGUUUGGCAAUGCCGUUGUGGGCUACCUGCAAUGCUUCGAUUUGGAGGGCGAGUCUGGCCUGGUGGUCCGAGCCAUUGGCACAGCCUGCACCCUUGAGAAGUUGGCAAUCGCCACAACCACCGCCGCUCCUGGCCAGCCCAGCCCACCUGUCCUUGCUCUGCUCGGCCAACGACGGGUCAGCCAACUUCAAUCGCCAUUUCCACCCCUGUCAGCUGGCGCCACCAACAACAGCAAUGCUGCUGGCACCGGCGUCCAGUUUCUGGUUGGUGAAGCCAGCCCUGGUCCGCAGCAGCACCAGCAUCACCAGCAACAGCAGCAGCAGAGCCAGCCGACCCCCAUUCCUCGCGACACAAAGGAGGCCCCAUUUCUGGAUGAGGCAGCGCUCCUGAGUCAGUCACCGCCAUUAUCGAGUCCUCAAAAAGCACAAACCACCAACUCGUUUUCUCCUAUCAAGUCCUUCAGCCGACAGUCCUCCUCCUCCGACACUGAGCUGAGUCUGACCCCCAAGAUGGCGGGUGUCGGCAGUGGCAGCGGUGGCCGGGAUGGAAACUCCAUGAAGAUGUUGAGUCGGCAGCACACGACCGCUACCAUGGACCAACUGGAGUUCCCUUUCUUCACCCUGACCUCCUUCCCGCCUGGGUUCCUCAUCCACGUUGCCGGCGUAGUGAGCGCCCGCUCAGUCAAACUGCUCGACCGAAUUCACAACCCUGCCUUUGUCGGGAUUAUGGGUAACACCCGCUCUCACAAACUGCUUGACUGGAAUAGUUUCGCGUCAGAGGAACCUGAGACACGGGACGCCUGGUGGGCCGAGAUCCGGCAAGAGAUUAAGUCUCACGCCAAGGCCCUAGGCUGUCACGCUGUAGUGGGGUACAGCGAAUGUACCAGCAUAUGCGAGGAGGUGUGCAUCCUGUCAGCGUGCGGCACUGCAGCCGUACUCAGCCCCCGGCUGGUACAGGACAACGGGGGCCGCGCGCCGCCGGCACUGGGGGCGGCCACCGCCGUGCCCCCCGCAGAGGCGGCGCGCCUCUCGUGGCAGGCUGGCAUGGGCGCCAACGACGGGCGGAGGGACAUGGAGCACCACUCUCGGCAAACCAGCCGCGAUGCCGCCACCACCCUGCAUGGCCUGGACGAGUCAAGCUGCAGCUUCUGCCACGUGCCAUACGACGAGCUGAACCUGCCGUUCCCAACGCAGCUGGGGCCGUGUGGCUGCUGCAAGCGCCACAAAGUGCCCGACUUCCUCUUCACCACUGUGGACCCUCCCUCUGAGCUGCCCAUAAUUGGCAAGGGCUGUCUUGUGCAGGCCAGGCUGUGCCGUCAGAAAAAGAAGGCGCAAGGCGAGGUGAAUGCAACGAGCAUCAGCAACCUGCUGCCCUUCAUGGAGUACGAGCUGCACACGCAGCUCAUGAACAAGCUGAAGCUGCGCGGCAUGAACGCUCUGUUCGGCCUGUGUGUGCGCAUCUCCAUCGGGGAGACCAUGCUGGUCGGCAUUGCCUCGGCCACGGCUGUGUUUGUGGCAGCGCUGCCGCCCCCUGGUGGCCUCCAUGUGGCAGGGAAGAGCCCAGAGCCCGGGCUCGACGGCUACGUGAGUGGCGUGCAGAAGAGGAUCAACGAGGUCAUCGCCCGAAACAAGGAGCUCUACGAGAUCAAAACACCUGUGGAGAUGGAGGACCCCCCUGACUGGCCGAUGCUGGAGGUCCGAAGGUAUCGUGUCUUCCGCUCGCAGUCGGAGAGCUCGGAUGAAACGUUGGACCUCGACCUGUCCCAUGGCAAGAAGGAUGCCUUCGUGCUCGAGAUCGACGACGCAGAUGCGGAAGAGGACAUACAGGCACUGCUCACCGACACCCCCACUCCGUCUGGUUUUUACAUCUGUAAUACGGAGACCGUUCCAGGUGUUAUUUCUCUCACAUCUGACCUGCAGAUGUUUUCGGCGGUGCGAGUCUACCGCAUGCAGGAGGGUGCCAUGACCUCUCAGCACCGCAACAAAGCCUUCAACGACAUGUGCGAGAGCAUGCUCAAGAGCCUUUACUUCAAGCUCAGAUCCAUGAUGCCGUGCUGCCUGUGCCACGUCAACUUCUCCGUGUCUCUGCCUGAGGACGAGCUCAUACAGGUUACGGUGACGGCACUUGCGGUCUCUUUCCUGCCCGACACACCCAGGCCAUUGGAGAGGAUGCUUCAGAGAGGCUCUUUGGAUGCGGACGAACAGCUGCAGUUCUCUAUGGAUCUCAGCUCGGACGUGCAGCGCCUCGUCACCCCAUCCAACCCCACAGGCAAUGGAGAGGAGCUCUGCAAUCAUCCCACAUCUCCCGACAGAGUGGCCUCGCUCGAUUACAGUUCCUUUGCAGACCGCUGCAGUAGCUGGAUUGAGCUCCUGAAGAGCAAGGCUCAGACUGCUCGCCGUGGAUCCAUGAGGACAAGGCUCGGCGCACACACUGUGGAGUCUGCAUCGGCAGGUGGCGAGAGGGUGAGCCCGUACGGCGAGGGGCGCCACCGCUCGGGGUCGCGUGCCUUGGCCCACCCGCUGGUGGAGAUGACGCCGCUCUCCUUCCUGCCUGGCUGCCGCAUCACCAAGUACCUGGGCAUCAUCAACGUGUUCUUCAUCCGCGAGACGACGUCGCUCCGCGAGGAGGGAGGGGCGAGCGGCUUCCUGCACACGUUCAUCGCCGAGGUGUUCGCCAUGGUGCGCGCGCACGUGGCCUCGCUGGGCGGAAACGCCGUGGUCUCGUACCGCAUGCGCGAGUGUGUCUUCUCGGAGAACCCCAACAAGAACCAGGCCCAGUGCCUGAUCAACGUGAGCGGCGACGCCGUGCACGUGAUUCGGGAUACGGAAGCGGUGCCCGAGGCCGUGACGCCGUGGCCGUUCAGCCACUCCGAGGCCUCCCAACAGCAGCAGCAGCAGCAACAACAAGCUGAAACGGAAAUGCAGAACUUGGCUGAACAACACAUGGCACGGCCCGAAAACACACUGGAGAGUUAAACGGCGCAACCGUGAAAACCCACGCAGUGGCAUCAGACAUUUGUGUGAUCCUGUUUAAAGACAAGAGCCAGGAGAUAGGGUGUUAAAACCAUCAUGGCAAUGGUACUUGCUUUCUUCUUUUUUGCUCCAAGGGCAUUAUGAGCCCACCGAAACUACUUGGAUGCCUUAUUUUGUCAGCUGUGUGGUAGUGAUGGCGCGCCAGUGUAAUUACAGUCACUUGAAUUAGGGAUUGGUGGAUCGUGUCCGUAUGUACGUUGAACUUCAUUAGCGCCGUACAUGGCCAACCGUGUUAUUCGGAGCUGCGGAUCAUGCCGCCCACCUGCGGGACAAUGUGGUGGAGCCUGUAGAAUGCCACACAACAAUUCGUUAUCCUGUCUGUGCAGUAGAAUAUGAGUGCGGCACUUACGUGUGGGGGCGUUUUCCCUGUCCACCCCAGUUUACUCCCGUCCGCCAAAAAAAAUACGCAAAAAGCUUUUGACGUAACAUUCCAGAGUUGAGUCCUCCAACAACCUCAUCGGCCACGUUUCUAUCCGAGUAAUAGCACAUGACAGUGCAUUAAGGUACUUGUUGCUAUCCAAAGAGUGGUGCAUUGAUGUUAUUUGCAGCAAAAUUUGAUUAAAUUUAAUCGAUGUAAAAUCGUGAGUUUUUUUCAGCCCCCUUUUACUGAAACGUCAUGAGGACUGGAUUUACUCGGAAAUGUUCCAAAUGCAACCUCCCAUUGUGCUCUGUAAUUGCCAAAUCAAACGGUCUUUCUACCCAAACAAACAUUGGGGUAGCACUCAUCUAUCAGUAUGGGUGGCCAUGGGCCAUUUAUAUAAAUUCCAUAUUCCUAUGGCAGGGCUAAAUAAUCUAUACCUAUAGGACAACCACUGUUUUCUUCCCAUACAGUGGUACCUUAUCAAUCCUGCAGGGAUGAUGAGAUGAGUUGACCCAUGCUCCCUGGUUGGCUGAUUUAAUUUCACAUCAUUGCUUAUGCCCAUGUCAAUAAGCCACAUGAUGACAGAUUUAUAAAUGUAUGAAAAUCAUUGACAUUUCCCGUAGUUGCUGGGCCUGCCCGAGACCACAAGACUGCAGGGAAAGUAAAAUCAAUCAACUUGGGCAUAGGGUAGAUUAUUUAUAAAAACCAGUCGGAAACGCCCCAAUGUGACCUACUGCAUUUCCGUCAAACCUUUCUUUGCCAGUGCACAUCAUUCAUGAACCACCUCUUCAGAAAAAGCAGAUUUAGAUCCUGAUUUGCAUUGAUUUGGAAAUACUUAGAGCACAGCUGGUUUUACCUAAUGUAACAUGUAGGUGGAAACGGAGCUAUUGAGGCUCCCAAAACAAAUAAAGACGUUAUAUUUCGUUUACCAUAUCCAUAAAUUUAAUGUAUACCCAUCUUUAUGUUCUGUUAUACAGUCAUGUGUGUAUUGAUUAUAGAUUAAUUACGCACUGAAUAUUUUCUGAAGUCGGCGUGAGCCACGUGACUAGUAGCAACAGCCAUAGGGAGCGGUAUACUUGGAUGUGGAGUGCCGGGUGUGAAAAUAUUUUCUGGGUCACAGACCUGGACAGACCCAGCUAACAUUAAUCCACAGUAUUUAUACUCAUUUUCUGUCGGGUGACCUCUAUAUUUUUUGGUGCAAAGUCAAAUUUCUGAAUUCCUGAUGUAAGUGGGUUUAGCUGGAAUGUCUGCAUCCCACACAACACAGGUACUUUGUUGUAAAUAGCACAAAAAAUGUACAAAUUCAGUUCUACGAAGCAAUGCAAAAACAGACUUGAGCUGCAGAUAAAUGCAUUUAUUUUAAAAAUUUUGGCAAAAGUUUUUUUUAUGAUUUAGCACUCCACGUUGUUUUUAAGUUGUGUUUCAUGUCCAAUAUGCAAUCUAUGCAUGUGUAGUGAAAUAAAUGUAACCCAAACGACUCGUGUUUUUUUUGUAUUAUAGUCAAUAGCUGAGACCACCAUACUCGAUAUGCUUUAGGUUGUAUUGUGUUUUGUUCGGCAUGAUGUCCAAUGUUUUGCUCCACGUGUUGGGAGCGUCCUCCAUUCCUGAAGUUCAUCAAGAAGCUUCCUAUCACGUGGGUGAAACAUCGAACCUCAUGCCGAACAACACGCGAUAAACCCUAUACAGCACACCCUCAAAAACUUACACUGUCCUGUGUAUAGGGUAACUUGUUAUGGGCUGAAUUUAGUUUUAUUAUCUUGUAUAUGCUUCCAGUGGGGGGCGGGCCUGGUGGUGAGCACACUCAUCAAUGUGUUGUUAGUUUGCAUAGAGAAAAUGUGCAGACUUCUCAUGCUAUAAGGAGCUGGUGCAUCUGGAAUGUCAAUGACGCACUUAGCUGCGAUUGGCACUGAAAUUAAUGACUCUAUAUUCUCUGGUUCUUUCGGUAAAGUCACGUAGGUAUAAAAUAAAAACUCACGACGUUUCGAUUGCAACACAAGUUAUUUUUAUUUUCUACCUACGUGACAACCGAAAGAACCAGAGAGUAUGGAUUCCUGCAGUCACGAAAGCUUCAAAUCUAGAUUAAUGGUUAUGUUAUGAACGAGUGAUCUCGCAGUGAAGAUUCCAAUGAUGACCCCAUGUUAUGCAGUAAAGACCAACACUGACACAUGGAAUAUUUUAAAGUUAGACCUAUGUAUAACUCUGGAAUGUAUUCCUAUCCGUCUACAGUCUGCACAUUAACUCUUCACCAAACCAUGAUCUUAGUGUAAAUCCUAAUCUGUGCCACAACCUGAACAAACAUUUUCCUUAAUCCAAAACCAUUAAAUAUCCCGAACCCUGAACCCAAUUAUAACCAGAGAGUUAAUUCUAGUUCUUGUUAAAACACUCAUUCUAGACCAAAACCCGAUUCGAGUACGACCCACGAUCCAUACUUUAACCCCAGGUUCUACCCCAAUCAAAAAUUGUUUUAUCCAUACAAGAUUAUCCUUUUGCUGUGUUAACCUGAUUUAUUGGCAACAAUCGCUCGUUUGAAUCCAUGCCCAUGUUAAGAAGUGGACAAUUGUUGAAUGUUUUGUUCCCAUCACUUUUCAAACUGAAUCACACCGUUGUUCACCAUCGUAUAUUUUUGUUUCCAAUCGGUACGAAACUGCACAAUUGCCAACUUGCAUUUUGUUAAGUAAAUGUAUUUUUGAUAUAAAAAAAUAUGAAUUCGUAGUUGGUACUUAUGAGUUUGGUAGCGUCGUAUCGGUGACCACCAUCGUGACUGCUGUGUAUAUUAGUAUUGUAAAGAAUUUAAAAGGAAAAGACAGCUCUAUUUAGAAAUUUGCAUUUCACCCUCAGUUCAACUCCUGGCAUGAAUGAAUGAGAUUCUCUGGUGCUUUUGAUCCUAACGACAAUGUUUUAGUCUAUUGUGCGAUGCACCAUGCACCAAUACAACAACGUAGCACAGGUUCUGCUAGAAGUUGCACGUGAAGUAAAUCUGUCGUAUAACUUCAACAUAAGCGUGGAUACCUAUUGAAGCUGCAAAGAUGUCAUCUAGGUUAUAAAGGUGCGGUAAUGUUGUUUGUGGAUCAUAUGAGUAUCGUUUUUUUUUUACGAGAAUGUUUUCCUUCACACAUUUUUAGCGACGUUACGAGCUUGAGAUGGCAAUUUUCGCAAACUUUUGGGAUUCCAUGCUUUUAAAGUGCAAUUUUAUACGUGGCAACCUUCAAAACCUUGUUCAACGAUAUGCAAUCUAUUUACGUCUCGACACAACGUUUCCCGACUGCCUAUUGGUUGUAUUUUGAAUGUAUGCCCAAAAUGUGUUGUUCACCAUUAACGUCUCAUUGUCAAAUUACACACCGGUGUAAAUAAAUAAGGCUAUCAGACAUCAUAGGAAAAGCUCAUGAAACCAGGUGGCACUUGCAUUGCCUUGCAAAUGCACAGCAGCCAAAUGUAUUUUACGUUGCCAGCCUCGGUAUGACUUGCAACCAUAAAAGUUCAAAAGUGACGCUUAUAAAGGCUGGAAGUUGAAACAUCUCAUUGCCCUGAAUUGUGUGAAGUGUCGACGUUUUUACGGAUUUAUUGUAGUGCUGUGGUUUUUGAAAUCUGUGAUUUGUCUGCUGACAUGGUAGUCUUCUCUGGACAUCAAUGUUGGUAUUGAUGCCGUUGUAAUGUUAAUACAUUACAUGUCUGCAACAAACAAAAAAAUCUGUUCAACAACAAGUUACUUAAGCAAAUGUAAACUCAGUGUCACCAUCUCCCUUGACCAUCCAUGUCCAUUUAUGGUUCUCAGCAAGUGGAUACAAUUCCAAGUACAAAAUGGAAUCCAUUACCUUCUUAACCAGUGGUUACUUCCUGGCAUCAAGUGGCAUGUACUUUCCAGGUCAAGUUGAUCUUGUUAACCCUGGGGAGAUGAGAAGUGUAAUGAUAAUUUCAACAGUUCAAAACCAGUUGGCCUUGCUCAAGAACUAAAUAGUUUCAAGCAGAGAUAUCAAAACUAUAACACUGGUCACAGGGAAAUGCUAGAUGCAAACCAAAACGGACUUAAGGCCACAAAGGACCACGUGUAAAGUAAUUCCAAAGCAAAUCACGGAAAUCUUGCUUGCGAUCUUGCAGAGGAGCAAGUCUCCAUUGUUGACUUAAGAAUAUGAUCUCCAUUGUUUAUAGGUGGCUAUGUUAUUUUAUAUUUAUAGAACGCCUUAGUUCACUGUCAACAGUAAAACGAAAAUGUUGCAUUGAGUGGAAAAUUGUACGUACAUGGCUCUACGUCUGUUUUGCAUUGACCGCUGAGUGUGUCCACAGUUGGCCAGGCAUGGUAAACUGGGCUGGUGGGUAUUGUUGGUAGAGUGAUCCAUGUGAAGUGUGGAGUUGUGAACGUAUUGCCAGGACUGAUAGUCAAGUGUUAUCUUGUGGGGGGGGAGUGCGAGGGGUUCUGUUUUCUAAAUAGCUUUGCUGCAGUUGCCACUUGAGUCCCAAAUACGGCAUGCGAUAGUGCUCACAAAAAAAGCUUCCAUCUGUCAGCACAUCAUUGACCAUUUGUUUUUUGGCGUAGAGAGCAGCGCGUCACUCUUCCGCUCAUCGGUGUUGGUGAUCCUCCUUGUGGCUGUCAAAAUCUGUGGCGGCAUUUCUGUUAGAGUGCAAUGUCUGCUGUAAUGCGAACACUAAAGGUAUAUGUGAAACUCAAUAGGUAAUUGCUUCUUUGUAUGACAGUGUUGGCCAUCAUAUAUGACCCGAAGCGUCAAUAUUCAACGUAGCAGAGUAAUGGAAAUUGAUUGUUGAUUGCAUAAUUAUGGUACAAUUUUCAGAUGAUUGUGGUCUCCACUUACAGCAGAAGUGAAACAAUUGCUUGGUGUUUGCAGUCUAGCUGAGUUACCAGAUACAGAGAUUAAAAAAAUAAAAUCUACAUCUGGACCUUUGUGAGAUAUAUGGAUUGGGAAAUGUGUACAAAUUUAAUGGUAUUGUUUUAUGAAAUAAUAACUUCCAAAACUAGAGUUUCUUGAAACAUUGCUAAAAUAUUGAUUUGAAGCUUUCGUGACUGCAGGAAUCCAUACUCUUUGGUUCUUUCCGUACCUACGUGACUUACCGAAAGAACCAAAGAGUACAGUAUUGCUAAAAUAUAGCUGAAUACAAUCUGUACAUUUAAAUGUAAAACUUCAUGUUUGACAUAAUUGCACAAUGCCUUGCAUGAAAGACAGCGGCGGUCAAAAUGUUUUGUGAACUAGAUAUUUAAAGUAUUUCCAUAUGCAUCUUUAUGUACGUACAUUUACAAUUCGCAGUGAUUGUAAUAGAGAUGCAAUGAAUGUGUAAUAUAAUAAAUAACAUUUGUAGCCAUUUAAUGAAUUGCCAAUUUGCCACUAACAUUGGUGUGUCCAUUCUCAAGAGUGAUCAAGUUUGAAGAGCUUACAUAGGAUUAGAUGACUUACAUCAUGGAUAGGUCAAAGCUUGUGUAAAAAAUAUAUGUAUUUCUAAGUUGAACGCAAUUUUCAUCGUAAACUUUAUAUUGUCAACUCUAGAAAGAAGCAGAGCUGUCGACUGAUUUUUUUUGUAUUCUGUAAAUAUGUUUCAAUGGAUGUGUAUAUAUGCGCUAAGAAAAGAACAACCAUUAGGUUCUUCCGAAUGCAAUUGGGGCUUUACAAAUGUUUGACCAUCUCUCCUUAAUAUCUUAAGAGUGUUGUUUAAUAACCUUGAUUUUCUUCACGUUUUUCACAUUUUGAUGCAAAGCUACAGAUCGUAAAUAAAAAAAAAACAUUUAAAAAAGUGGUUGACGC